ACCAACAUUUCACAGCUCAACUCACUCAGGAGACACAAUGCGAGGCAGUUGAGCACCCCCUUCCUUCCUCAUUCGUUUCCUUGGUAGUAAAGCGUUAGAAACAGAAGUAUAUAAAGCCACAAGUUCAUCAGCUGAGGAGCGCAGAGGGGAACGAGCAAAGUCAAAACAAGAAGAAACAGCAGCGGAAAGACAGAGGAGGAAGGCUUGUUAUUGGCUGGAAUAGAGAGAGAGAACAAUGAGAGCUGGUGAAAAAAUGUGAACCAAAUCUGAAAUUACACAUUUAUUUGUGGACACUUUCGACACCGGGAGGAUCUGAAACGCGUUUAGAGAAGUCACUCCUUCAGGAACUCACGUGCUGCUGCUAGUGCUUCCUCAAGAUGGCAGGAGAUGAUCACAGAUAACUGGGGGAACAAGUUGAAGUCUACAGUCUCACAUCAAGGCGAAAACUCCCCAUUUGUGACUGAAAUUUUGUUCAGAAAAUAGUUUGUCACUUUCCUAAUUAAUAAAUAAACCACCAAAACACGAACAAUGGCUUCCUACAGCCCCACCCCACCACAGGAGGCGCCCAAUGGCAGCCCCCCAUCUGUGAAGUCUGAAGGCUUGGAGGAGUCCAUGAAACUGAAGAAAGAGAUCUCCCUCCUGAAUGGGGUCUGCCUGAUCGUGGGGAACAUGAUUGGGUCGGGGAUCUUCGUCUCACCCAAGGGUGUCCUCAUCCACAGCGCCUCCUACGGCCUCUCACUGGUCGUGUGGACCAUCGGAGGGAUCUUCUCUGUGUUCGGGGCCCUGUGCUACGCCGAGCUGGGGACCACCAUCACCAAGUCGGGGGCCUCCUAUGCCUACAUCCUGGAGGCCUUCGGGGGUUUCCUGGCCUUUAUUCGCCUGUGGACAUCGCUGCUGAUCAUCGAGCCAACCGGCCAGGCCGUCAUAGCCAUCACGUUCUCCAACUACAUGAUGCAGCCCAUCUUCCCCACAUGUAUAGCUCCAUACCUGGCCAACAGGCUGCUGGCUGCUGCUUGUAUAUGUUUGCUGACCUUUGUGAACUGUGCCUAUGUAAAGUGGGGCACCAGGGUCCAGGACUUCUCCACUUAUGCCAAAGUCAUCGCUCUCAUCGCUGUCAUCAUCACUGGCCUGGUGAAGAUCGGACAAGGUCACACACAGAACUUUGAGGACCUGUUUGAUGGCUCAUCUCAGGAUCCAGGACACAUUGCUCUGGCUCUGUACUCAGCUCUGUUCUCCUACUCGGGAUGGGACACCCUCAACUUUGUCACAGAGGAGAUCAAGAACCCAGAGAGGAAUCUGCCACUGGCCAUCGCUAUUUCCAUGCCCAUAGUAACAGUGAUCUACAUUCUGACCAACGUGGCUUACUACGCCAUCCUCCCCAUCAAUGCAAUCUUAGACAGUGAAGCUGUAGCUGUGACAUUUGCAGACCAGGUAUUUGGUGUAAUGAACUGGACGAUUCCCCUCGCUGUGGCUCUUUCCUGCUUCGGAGGACUCAACGCCUCAAUCCUGGCCUCCUCCAGGCUGUUCUUCGUGGGCUCCAGAGAGGGCCACCUGCCCGACUACUUGUGCAUGAUCCAUGUCCACCGCUACACUCCCAUCCCUGCACUGCUCUUCAACGGCAUGAUGGCUCUGAUAUACCUGUGCGUAGAAGACGUCUUCAGGCUGAUCAACUACUACAGCUUCAGCUACUGGUUCUUUGUGGGUCUGUCCAUUUUUGGGCAACUGUAUCUGCGCUGGAAGCAGCCAGACAGAAAGAGACCACUAAAGCUCAGUCUCUUCUACCCCAUCGUUUUCUGUCUCCUCACCAUUUUUCUGGUGGUGGUGCCGCUCUACAGUGACACCAUCAACUCCCUGAUCGGCAUCGGCAUCGCCCUGUCAGGAGUGCCCGUUUACUUCCUCUGCUGCUACACUCCAGCCAAUAAGAGGCCACUGCAGCUACAGAGCCUCAUUGCUAAAUCUGCCAUGCUGAUUCAGAAGGUGUGCUACUCCGUUCUGACUGAAAUGGAUGACAAGGCAGAGUAAAUGUUUGGUUUUAACACCCUGCCGGAGCCAACCACACACACAGACGUAGAGGCUCAUCCUGGACAGUCGCUGCCGCCACAAGGAAUCGAUGGAUGGACAUUUAGGUUUGAGCUGUACCCAGCUCUCUGACCUGUCAAUCAUCACCCGGUGAUAACGUUAAUGAAUGCGUGAAUGAUGGUGCCCGGGUGCUUGUUGGCAAGAUUUCACUCUUGCUGACUGAGAGAACACUUUAACUCACCUGUUUCUAUUUCAGUUGAUAUUACUAUUAUUAAUUGAUAUGUCAAGAAAAGUAUUUUGUGUGAAAUUACAUACCUUUUUGAUUUUACUGGAAGGUGGCAAAUUAUUAUGGUUAACUUGUCAAAGUGGACAGGAGAACAUCUUUGAAACUAAAAGCACUGCUGACCAUACCCACAGCCUUGGUAUUAUUAUUAUUAGUGUUAUGAUUUGCACAAAGAAAAUCAAGCAGUAACAGAUACUAGAAUGUGUUUCCACCUUCACUAAUGUGGAUAAAGUUCAUGAAAAGUUUUAUACUAUCAGCUGAGGUCUAGUAAAGGGCUAUUUUUACAGAAAUUAACUAAUUUUUUUUGCAGUGUCAGAAAACACGGCUGUUAAAUGUAAGAGUUUGACAGUUGAGUUGAGCUACAAAUACGUAUUUAUAAUAAAAUGACUUGUUGACAACAGAAA